AUGCCAAGGUCGGACUACAAAAUAAUUCAAUGCGUAACUGAAACUUCAAACGAUCUUCUGAACUUAAUACUUGUAGGCACACUAUUCUUUUAUGACCUCCCAACGGAUAUAACUGAUUUGUAUGGGAUCCCUAUAGAUGAUCAGAAAGAGCUAGGGGCCCAGACUAAUAUCAAAUGGAAAUGGCUAGAUAUUGAGAUAUUAGCAUAUCAUUUUCAACUCGCUGAUAAGCAAUUCAGUGCCUAUGCUGAAGAUUUACGAUUCUUGAUCAAGAAUCGCUUUGCAAUUGCGUCUUUCAAAGUUGUUCCAUUGUCUCUUAGUCAACCAAUCCAAGGUUAUGGCAAUACUUCAAUUUGCUCUGUAAGAAUCUAUGCAAUCCCUUCUGAUAUCGAAGGUGCUAGAUAUUUUAAAACCUUUAGGUACAACCAACCGAGAUCAUUAUUUGUUGACAAGGCUGCCAAACAUUCGUGGUGGAGAUUACUUUGUUACAUCGAUUUCUCUAAAGAAAGCUGGAACUUUCUGCAAGAGUGGAUUCAGAAUGAAUUAUUUAGCCAAAUUGUACUACUUCCUGUCUGUAAGAACAAAAGCAUCACCGUUGGCAAAGUACACCAGUCAUUACCUGACCAAAGGGUGCUAAAUUUUCACAUUAAAAGAUGGAUGAACAGGGAAAGAGUUUCGAGGGUUCCUACAUCUAUUGCAUAUCAAAAAGAGCAGAGUACUUUAGUUCAGAAGCUUCUGAAGAUAUACAACUCGAUUCCCUCACCAGAGUUUCUGAAGCUUAAGAAUUUAGAUCGUCCUUGGUCUAAUCACAAUAAUAAGAGUGUGAUUACUGAUCCCCUUGAUGUAAUUUCAUCACUUCUUACACAUAGGGGAUCACCCUUGAAGGGUAUGAAAACUACACUAUAUCCAUUUCAGUUGAACUCAUUGACGAAAAUGUUUGAAAAAGAGACUAUUCCUGAGAAGAGGCUUGUACCCUACUAUUUAGAAUUGAAAGAUAUAGGUGCCAACACGUUUUACUUUGAUUUGAAUCAGGGUCUGUUUUGUUCUUCGCCUGAAUUGUACCAACUUCCAAGAGGAGGAAUUUUAGCGGAAAAUAUGGGUUUGGGCAAGACGAUUAUAACGCUUGGGUUGAUAUGUUUGACAAAAAAUGACAUGUCUGCUAUUCCAGAAGAUAAAAUAGUGUACUCUGAAUCCAUUGCAAAGCAAAGAACUAGUCUCAAAUACUUACAGGAGAUUAAGUUAAAUACUGAUGCUAGUGUGAAGAGACUUACCGAAUUAUGCAAGAACAAAAUCAAUCAGAAUUCUUUACCAUGGAAAUACUUCAGUCAAGAUCUACCAGAAUCUGUCAUGAAAAUUCUAGUAGACAACCCUGGCAGCUUCAAGAUGCCAAUAGAUGGCGAUAUUUCCGAUGAGAACAAUAGGAGAAAAAGUUCUUUGCGAAGCAGGAACUCAAUUGAUGGAGAUAGGAUAAAUUACAAAACGUUAUACCUUUGUAAUACUACUCUUAUUUUCGUGCCCGAAAAUUUGUUCCAUCAGUGGAACAACGAACUCAAGAAGCAUGUAGAAGAUGACUACUUGAAUAAGCUAUUUAUUACAAAUCAAAUCAGACAUUCAACAGCCAGCAGUCAUUCUACGUACACUAACGAAAUUCCCAGAGAUCUUGUAAGAUUAAUGGAAUACGAUGUCAUAAUUAUAUCUCAUUCCUUCGUCGCAAAGCAGCAAAAAGAAGGCACUACGUCUAUCGAAAUAUUGAAAAAUAUAUACUGGAAAAGAUUGAUCAUUGAUGAGGGUCAUAGUACAAGCUCAAAGAAUUCAAAAACUAGUUUACUUUGUAAAGAAAUUGAAUCAGAAAGACGUUGGGCGGUAACCGGUACUCCAACAUCAGGUUUAACAAGAUUGUACAUGGACGAAGAUGAAGACGUCAAAGAUAUGAAUAGCUCUACUCUGAAAAGAACUAAGUAUUCAGUGAAGACUGCUAUCAAUGAAAAAGAUGAUUUAACAAAGCUAGGCACUAUAGUUGGCUCAUUUCUCAAUGUCGAACCUUACUAUACGAAACCUAAGUUAUGGGCAGCCUUGGUUUCUAAGCCAUUAUCUGAGAAUAAAUUUGGUGCCAUACAAGGACUUUCCAAUCUUUUAAAUAAUAUUGUUGUCAGGCAUUCCCUAUCCGAAGUCGACAAAGAUUUGAAAUUGCCCAAAUUGCAUCAUAUUCCUGUGUUUUUGAAACCUUCAUACCAUAACAUCUUAGCCAUAAAUCUAUUCACGGCGGUUUUAGCCGUGAAUGCAGUAUCUUCCGAAAGAACGGAUAUAGAUUAUAUGUUUCACCCCACAAAUAGACAGCAACUAAGAAGAUUGAUAACAAACUUACAAAGAGCCACUUUCCAUUGGACUGGAUUCAAACAAGAGGAUGUGGAGACUUUAAUUAGUAUAUGUCAAAAUUCUUUGAAGAAGCAUUACGAGAAAGGAAAAGUUUACAGUGACGAAGAUGUCACACUCUUGAAAGAAUCUAUGGCAGUCGCCAAACUGGCGCUAAGCAAUUCCAGAUGGAGAACAAUUGCUCUUUUGCAUGAAAUGAAUUACUAUGUAACUGGACUUCCCGAAGUCUAUAUAAAGAAUUUCGGUACAGGAAUAAUGGAAGAUGAUAGAAUAUUAAAUCCCCUGGUUCCUGUAGGUGUCUUUGGAGCACCACACCUUAAUGCUAUUCAAGAAUUUUUUUACAAAAAUAGGUUUAUGGAUAUGUCUAAUAUGGAUCUUUUGACCAAUAAAUUGACUGAAGUUUCGAAACCAUUUUGGAAAUCAUAUUGGGGGGAAACUACAAAGAGAAACAUGGAAAGGUUCAAUAAACAAGAUGCGAACCAAGAAUUCAAGGUAAGCAAUGAUCAAAUUGAGAACGCAGUUCAGGUUCCUGAAAUUGUACUCGAUUCUCUGUCAAAGAAAAAGAGAAAGUUGAGUGAUAGCGUAAACAGUGGCCAUGAGUUAGACCUCGAAAGACAAGAAAUUAUUAAUCAUAGUUAUGUUCAUGACAGUAGAUUAAGUGGAAAUUCUUCAUUUGAUAGCACAAGGAACACGGAGAUUCUUGGAACUGGUUCAGCUAAGCUUUCAUAUAUAUCUAGCAGACUACUUGAGCAUCAACUGAAAAAUGUUAAGUCUAUUGUUUUCUUCGAGUUUGAAGACAGCGCUUACUAUUUAACAGAACUGUUGGAUGUUCUUGGAGUAAACUAUAUCCUUUACGCAACAUUUGUAAAACCUAGCCAAAGAGCAACUAAUCUAACUGAAUUUAGUAAUUAUGAUAGUGGUGGAAUUACGUUAAUAAUGGAUUUACGAUUGGCAUCACAUGGGUUGAACAUAAUUGCUGCGACAAGGGUAUACUUUUUGAGUCCUGUUUGGCAGAGAUCUGUAGAAGCUCAGGCCAUUAAAAGAGCUCACAGAAUUGGACAAAUGAAUGAAGUGUACGUGGAGACAUUAGUAUUAGAAGGAACUUUGGAAGAGGAAAUUUAUAGAAAGAGAUCAGAUGACAGGGAGCAAGAAAAGGAUGACAUCCAAGGUCGAUCUAUUACUCCUACUCCAUCUCAAUCGUCUUCGACCAAAAAAUAUGUAAUAGAUGAUACAGGUAUGCAAGAAUUUAUUCUAAGGCAUAAAUUCUUACCACAAGGUGAUGAGGGGGUUGAAUAUAGCCCAUUCAGGUCGACUGCAGUGUCUCUGACCCUCUGUAAGUCUUUAGAUGAUGUUCCAGACGAGUCUUCCCUCUUGGAUCAUUCUGAUAGGAUUGUUCAUGAUGUGAGACAGUGGAAUAUCAAUUUAUUUACUAAUUCGAACCUAGUCAAAUUGAUUAGCACAAAGAACCAGAAGAUCAGAAAGGAGUUCGAAGAAAAGGACUAUGUUCGUAGGUUUAUUGACCCGGAUGAGCAGUUAGAUACAGAGAAGCAUUUACAUGAAAUUGCGGAAAAGGAGCCUCAAAGGAAGAAGGUACGCUUCUGA